AUGGUUGAGCUUUCUAAACCAAAGUAUUUAAGUAGAGAUGAAUUAACAAAGUAUUAUAAUAAAUCAACUACUAAUUACAAGAAAAAUGAGAUCACUAGACAUCACAGUAAUACCGACAAGAUUUUGAAAACUAAAAUUGUUAAACCUUUCAAAAAUUCCAGGAUAAUUUAUGAACCUUUUAAUUUUAAAAAUAUUAAAAAAAAAAUUGCGCAUAUUGAUGACAAUAUACAUAGAAGUUCCAGCAAAGACAAUGAUAAUGUUCCUGUGCCAAAGUAUGUGGAAUACGGUAAGGCUAUAGAAGGCUAUAAAUUUGUUACUUUAAAAGAAGAGCAACAGAAUGAUAAUACCUCAUUAACUAUCAGUAACAAUAAAAUAAUGCCCAACCGUAAAACGGUUUUAUUUAACAACUAUUUUAAUUGUGGGAAAUCGAAAUGUUGUCAUAAUACAACAGCCACUGCCAGCAAGGAAAAACAUGUCCCUAUUUUUGAUGGAAAUAUUACUGUGGAGGAGGGCAACAUUAAUGAUUUAACAAAGAUUAACAUAUUAAGAUUUUAUCUUCAACUAUACGGGCACAAUUAUACCAAUAUGACUACUUUUGGCGAAGAUUACAAUUUAAGGCAGUUAUUAAAAAAAGAACGUAUUAGGUGGCAUCCUGAUAAGAAUAUAAUUGAUGGUCUUGACAAAAAAGACAUUAUAGAUAAAUAUACUAUAAUUUCUCAAGUAGUGAACAAGUUAUAUGAAUCAAUGAAUAAUUGA